UUAGAGCUUAGGACAAAAUGGCCAAGCCAGCAACGGGGACAAAGUGGCAACAGCAAUGCCAACAACAACAAUAAUAACAAUAGCAAUAGCAACAAUAACAAUAACAAUGACGAUGAUUCGAAUGAGAAUCAAGAGAGCAGUAGCAAGUUGCUAGGUAAUGGAAAUGCAGCUGCAAAUGGAAAUGGAAAUGGAAAUGUUUGUCAAUCAGCGACAGCAUCAACGUUGCCAGCGCCAGCGAACACACCGCUGAACAAGGCCAUCAAGCACGAUCUGUUCCCGGAGGUCACGUUCUGCAAUCUGUCCGUGGAGGAGCUGCACGAUGGCAGCGGUCAGAGUCACAGCCGGGCGGUGAGGAACAGCAUCAUUGCGCUGGACAGCGAUGGCACACUGACCAUUGGCCUGAUGAAUGGGACGCAGGUGAAGAAGCGCAAGCGUUUGAUAUCGAAUGAAUCGGGUGACUCGAUAGAUUCUAGCACCACGGACAAGAAGACAUCGAAGAUGCCCGAUGGCGGCUACGGUUGGGUUGUUGUCUUUGCCUCGCUCAUGGUUUCGCUUAUAUGGGAUGGACUUUCGUUCUCCUUCGGGUUGAUUAACACACAGCUGUUGGACUAUUUCAAAGAAUCGCCUUCGAAGACAGCUUGGAUCAGUUCGUUGUUCUUCUCGGUGCCGCUGCUCAUGGGUCCGAUCUGGUCGAAUCUGGUGGAUAAAUACGGUUGCCGUAAGAUGACCAUUUUGGGUGGUCUCAUCUCCGCCUUUGGCUUUGCCAUCUCAUCCAUUUGCAAUUCGAUCGAGAUGCUCAUGAUCACGUUCGGCAUCAUCAGUGGCCUGGGACUGGGCAUUGGCUAUGUGACCGCUGUGGUCUCGAUUGCCUUUUGGUUUGACAAGAAGCGUAGCUUUGCCACCGGCAUCGGUGCAUCGGGCACCGGCAUUGGGACCUUUGUCUAUGCCCGACUCACGCAAUAUUUAAUCGAUUCGUAUGGCUGGCGUGGCGCCACUCUAAUCCUGGGCGGCACCAUGUUGAAUGCCUGUGUCUGUGGUGCGCUGAUGCGUGAUCCCGACUGGCUGAUCGAGGAGAAUCGUCUCGAGAGCCGAUCGCAGAGCGUCACCACAUUUUCCAAUUCAAGUGUUUGCCUCGAGGAGAUCAAGAAGCUGCUGGAUACCGGCAUCACCAAGGAGGCUGUGUUGGACACGCUGGUCACGAAGAACAACACCGAGGCGAAUCAGCAAAUCGAUGAUCCACUCGACACCGGCCUCAAGCGUUAUCGCAGCGAACUCUUUCUGCCCACGUUCCUCAGCAUCCAAGAACUCGACAGCGUCUGCGAGGUGAAGAGUCUGAGUCGUCGUUCGUUGCGACACAAGGAAGGAGCAGAGGCUCCCUCACGUGAGAAUCUGCUGUCCAUGUCAUCGGGUGCUGCACCAACGGCUCCGUAUCUGAACUCUCCCGACGAUACGCUGACGGGUCGAGUUCCGCCUGGCAUCGCCGCUGAGACGUCGAAGAAGAGCUACUUGGCCUCGAUUGAGACGCUGUCGCCAUCGGAGAAACGUUCAACGAUUGCAGGCACACCGAACGGUUCGUUGCGCUCCUCGGACGAGGGCUAUCUCACCCAGAAGCACAACGAGGCCACCAACUAUGCCAGCUCUCGGUAUUCGCUCAACGAAAAUAUAUUCGCCAGCAAGCACAAUACACCGUCGUUGUCUAACCUGAAGGUGAAUGGAUUGCGUCACAAUUCCGUGGACAUUCUGAGCGAUGAUAUGCACAGCUAUUACAUGUCCAUGAAGGAGGAAACAUUUGCACUGCUCGAUCAACAUCCGCGUCCACAGAUAUUUCAGCCAACAGCUCCAGCGGAAUCCUUGGUCAUCACCAUACCGGAGCACGAGGAGCAGAGCGAGUUGGCGUUGCGUCGCUCACGUUUGGACAGCAUAACGGGUCUGCGUCGACUGUCCAAGUCGAAGAAACCGAAUCCGCAUCGCUCGAAUCUGCGUCGCAACAUCUCCAUACGCAACUCGAACUUCCUCAAGGAUAUGCGCAUCCAUCGCAAUUCGAUUCACUAUCGCGGCGCCAUGCUUAACACGCAUCGCUAUCGAUUGCGUGCCUCAUCCUGCCCCAACAUCUAUCGCAACUCGAUGACGACAAUUGCCAAGGAGGAGGAAGAUACCUGGUACGAUAGCUUUAUGGAUACUGUGAAAUCCGCUUUUGACUUUUCGCUCUUUUUGGAUAAAAAGUUUUCGUUCUUCAAUCUAUCCACACUAUUCCUAUUCAUUUGGUUCAUCAUACCCUAUCUUUAUCUGCCCGAUUACAUGAAGGAAUACAACUAUGAUGUGGGUGUGAGUGCGGUGUUAAUAUCGGCGAUUGGCAUUGCUCAAACCGUGGGCAUGAUUGGCCUUGGCUAUUUUGGCGAUCGACCAUGGAUGAACAUCAACAUAUGCUACUCCAUAUGCAUGUUGGUUUGUGGUGCAUCGGUUUUCUUCAUGCCAAUUCUGAUCACUAACUACAAUGGAUUGAUGGCCAUGUGCAUCAUCUUUGGAUUCACAUUUGCCAGCUCCUUCUCGUUCACGCCCAGCAUAUUGGUCAGCAUUGUUGACCUGGAUGAUUUCACAUGUGCCUACGGCUUGGUGCUGCUCGUUCAGGGCGUUGGCAUGAUUGCCGGACCGCCUAUAGCCGGUGCAAUCUUUGAAUAUACUGGCAGAUGGGACGACUCCUUCUACUAUGCGGGCAUAUUUAUAGCACUCUCCGGCGUCUGUUCGUAUAUGAUUGAGUUCUGUGAGAAGAAAGCAACUAAGGAGAGUGAUAGUGAUGUCUCAGAGACUAAAAAAGCUCAACUUUUACAUUAGAAUACUUAUAUAACACAACACAAAUGUCAACAAAAGCAAAACUCCAGUGCAAUUUAGCAAAAAAAAACAAAAACAAAAAUGAAAGAAAAGCACUGCGGCCUAUAAUUAAUAAUAAUAAUAUUAAUAUUAAUCAUAACGGACUAGCAUUAAAUGUUAUAAAGUUUCUUAUGUCAAAUGCUGUUGCAGCUACAAAAAAGGAAAAACAAAACAAAAAAUACAGAAAACUCAGAGCGAAUUAGUAGAUAAAUAUCGAAAGCAAAAACUAAUGUUAAUCGCGUUUAAGAAAAAUCUAUAUAUUGACUUGAGAACUAAUUAUAUACACAUACAUGAAUAACAAAAACUAUAUUAGUUAGCUAACGCACUAGGACAACUACAUUAUACGUAUACUCCAAUAAAUAAUAGUCAGGAAAAAUACAAAACAGAACAAAAUGGAAAACAACAACAACAAAUGCUAGCAAUAUUUUUUAAAUAUAGAGAUACCAAUUUCAAUAUCAUUGCAGUGCAUCACUGCCAUGCGCAAACGGGUUCCCCAAAUUGUCUUCUUUGAUGAUAUAUUUGUAGUUAGUAAUACCGCAAAUAAACAAUUUACCAAUCUACGAUGUAACUUAUGCAAUAACAACAAUAAGAACAACAAUUUCGCAAUCAACUAAACAAAAAGUCUUCAAAGCAAAACCAGAUGAAUGUUAAUAAUAAUAAUUAAAAAAAAUGAAAUGAUAGCACUAUACCCAAAAAUUGCAAAUGGUUUAGAAGCAGAGUUAAA